CCAACGCCUGUGAUGCCUAUGACGCGGGGAAUGAUCACCACCUAAUUUAAUGCCCCUCGUUGCACAGGCUGUUCCCACUGUUCUAACAUUCGCCUUGUCCAGACUUGCUAACCUUAUCCUAUCUGGAUGUAAGUCACAACUAAGCCAUUUGCGGGUGUUUAUUUGUCCUGCAGGUCAGGAUUCCACAGCGAGAGAUUUCCAGACCGGCAUUCUCGAUUGUUGAUGUGGAUUGGCUAUGUCACCAGGAGACAAUGACCGCUCGAAGAAGCCGUCGUGGCACAAUGAGCCAUCAGGUUCCAUGAUCGCAGCGAUAUUGAAUGAGAAUCCUUCUACAGAUAUACCACCGAAAGACAGUUUCACUUACAAGCAUGAUUCUCCACGACCGACUCUACCGUCACAAGAUUGGUGUCUCGUCAGAGUGAAAGCUGCCGGCCUCAACCGAGCAGAACUUCGAGGUCGAGCCGCCCUGCCGCCAGGACGUGCCGAGUUGAACAUCUUUCAGGACGAAUAUCAUGAAGCCCCUCCCAAGAUACUCGGCGAAGAAAUGGUUGGUGUUGUCGAGCAGGCAGGCUCCGAGACAAGCUUCAAAGCAGGAGCAGUCGUCACAGCCUUCAUCUAUGGCGGCGGUAAAGCCCACGAUGGCGCCUAUGCCCAGUACGCCAUCUGCCACAAACGGAGACUGUACCAGUUACCUUUCUCCGACGCAGACGACGUGGAAAAGAGAAUGGGUUGGGAGGUUCUCGGUGCUAUUCCAAUGAGCAUGUGGACUGCAUAUGGGAGCGUCUUCGAAGCUGGAAGGCUAGGUCAUCGAUGCAAGGGUAACAAGGAGGUCUUGCUGAUCCAUGGCGCAACUUCGAGUGUGGGCAUCUGGGCGAUACUUUUGGCGAAGGACAAAGGCUUCACCGUCGUCGCGACGACGAGGAAGGAGAACAAGAUUCAGCGAUUAAAGGCAGCUGGAGCCGAUCAUAUCAUUCUCGACCAAGACCUUGACCAGGAGAUUUCCAAAUUGUUUCCCGAUGGAGUCGACGUCGUCCUGGAGCUGGUCGGCCCGGAUGCUACUGAGCGAACACUAUGCCUGACCGCGCGAUACGGCAGCGUCGUGUGCACUGGCGUUUUGAGCAAGCAAUGGUCAGUCGAGGGCUUUACUCCAGCCAUAAUCCCGCCCUGUCGGAACCUGACAUUCUAUGGCAUGACGAACAGCGGGUGCUUGGGAUCUGACGACGAAGGUUUGGAUCAGGUCGAACCAAUGUUGAGCUACGUUAUUUCACAAGUCGAGGCCGGAAAGUUCAAGCGCGAAGUUUUCCUUGAUAAGGUCUUCGACCUAGAAGAUGUUGGCUCAGCACAUGAGUAUAUGGAGAACAAUCAGGCUGUUGGAAAAGUUGUGGUCAGAGUGCCUUGAGAAAUUCAAAGUCCUCGAUAUCGAUGCGGCCCGGCGAUAAUAUGCGACUGGCCACGGGUGUAUCCCGCGGGUCCUGAGAUGGGGUCCAAGGGUUGUUGAGCCGCUCCCAGGGGUGGGGGAUACCCCGUCUCUUCGACGAUCUAUCGGAAAGAUAUGGUUGACUAUCUGGAACACCUUAAAUGUGCACUUCUCACCUCGAAAUGCACAUACAACUCUCCAGAGCUUUAUCUAGGUAGCCUUGUUACGUCAUACCCCAGCCACGGUCUUGACAAUGGCUUUUCACUCCGUCAGCGAGUUGAUAGCACCUUUUUUGCCGCUCAUAGCGGCAGGGCUGGUGGUUAUCAUAGGUUUACUAGUGGUAAGUUCGCUGGAUUC